AUGGCCUACGAAGUCGCUAGCUUCGCCAUUGUGGCUGUCAUAUACGCCCUAUGGCGAUAUGUGAACCACACGGACAUGCCCAAGAUCAAGGGCAUACCCGAGAUUCCGGGUGUUCCGUUGUUUGGAAAUCUGCUACAGAUGGGCACCGCACACCCAAAAGUUGCACAGAGCUGGGUCGAGAAGUUUGGUCCUGUGUUCCAGGUGCGCCUCGGUAACAAGCGCAUCGUCUUCGCAAACGACUUCGAGUCUGUCAAACACCUGUGGAUCACGAACCAGUCUGCUCUCAUCUCCCGGCCGAAGUUGCACACCUUCCACACCGUUGUCUCCUCCUCGGAGGGCUUCACAAUCGGUACCUCGCCAUGGGACGAGUCGUGCAAGGCUCGGCGAAGGGCCGCUGCCACAGCUCUCAACCGUCCGGCCGUCGAGACAUACAUGCCCAUCAUCGAUCUUGAAUCUACUGUCUCAAUCAAGGAGAUGCUGAAGGACUCCAAGGGCGGUACCAUCGAAAUUGACCCGCACCCUUACUUCCAGCGCUUCGCCCUAAACACCAGCCUGACUCUCAACUACGGCUUCCGAAUCACAGGUACUAUUGACGACACGCUGCUGAGGGAGAUCGUGCACGUCGAGCGCGAGGUGUCAAACUUCCGCUCUACUAGUAACAACUGGCAAGACUACAUUCCCCUCAUGCGACUCUGGUCCCGCCAGAACAGCGCCGCCGGUGAAUACCGCGCUCGCAGAGCAAAAUACAUGAAUAAGCUCCUCCGCAUGCUUAAAGAAAACAUUGCGAAUGGGACAGACAAGCCGUGCAUCUCCGGGAACAUCAUCAAGGAUCCCGAAGCCAAGCUCAACGACGCCGAAAUCAUGUCCAUCGGCCUCACUAUGGUCUCCGCCGGCCUAGACACCGUACCAGGCAACAUUAUCAUGGCCAUCGGCACCCUCGCCUCCUCAACGGGCCAGGCCAUCCAAGCCCGCGCCCUUGCCGAAAUCCGCAAAGCCUAUCCCAACAACGACGCCUGGCACCGCUGCCUGCACGAGGAAAAAAUCCCCUACAUCACCGCGUUCGUCAAGGAAACCCUCCGCUUCUGGACCGUCCUGCCCAUCUGCCUGCCGCGCGUCAGCACAAAACCCAUCACCUGGCGCGACGCCGUCAUCCCCGCAAACACAACCUUCUACAUGAACGCCUACGCCGCCGACUACGACCCCACUCACUUUGAAGACCCGUACGUCUUCAACCCGGACCGCUUCAUGGAUGUUCCCGACGGCGCGGGGACCCCGCAUUUUGGCUUUGGUGCGGGCAGUCGUAUGUGCAUCGGCUCGCAUCUUGCUAAUCGUCAGCUGUACACUGCGUUUGUCCGCCUGAUUAGUGCGUUUGAUAUGUCUGAGGCCGUCGAUCCGCGGAAUCGCCCCGUGCUCGACUGCCUCGAGGCGAAUGCGAUCCCGACUAGUCUGACCAUGGAGCCGAAGAAGUUCAAGUGUCGCUUUGUGCCCAGGGAUCGGGCCAAGCUGGAGGAGUGGAUUCGUGAGAGCGAGGAGUUGACAAAGGAUUUGUGA